AUGAACACGUCUCUUCUUUCUGGCGGCAAUGAUACAAUGUCGGACAACUUGUCUACUACAGGGAACACCGUAGCCUGUGUGAUCCUGGGUCUGUGUUUUCUGGUUGGCACACCUGGUAACCUGCUGGUGGUAUGGACCAUUUUGAAGUAUGUGAAACAGCGCUCGCAUACUGUUCAGCUCAUCAUUCAUCUAGCAGUCGCAGACCUUCUGGUGCUGAUCACACUUCCUCUAUGGAUCUACUCAUUGGCUCAUUCCUGGGUGUUUGGUGAGGCUGCAUGCAAAGCCAUGGCAUACAUGAUCAAUGUUUGCAUGUACAGCAGCGUCUUUCUCAUCACCAUAAUGAGCGUGGAACGUUUUCUGGCUGUCAGGUACCCCUUAAAGAUGCUAUAUUGGCAAAAUCGGACAUCCUUGUCGAAAAUUCUGGCAGUGACCUGGAUCCUGUCAUUCGUCUUGGGAAUCCCAGUUAUCCUGACACAAUACGUAGAUGAAGAUGAUGGAGGGAAACACUUCAUGUACCGAUAUUACAGCUCUGUGUUUUUUGAAGUUUUCUGUUUGUGUUUAGAGACUGUGCUUGGGUUUAUUAUUCCCUUUAUCAUCCUUGCAAUCUGCUACUGCCAGGUUGCCACACAACUCCGAAAGGUCCGAUUUAGGAAUAAACGGAAAUCUGUCUUCCUGAUUGGUGGAGUGGUAGUAGCCUUCAUUUUGUGUUGGUUACCUUAUCACACUCUCAAUAUCAAAGAGAUGGUGCAUAUUCUAGUACGCAAAUCAGAUGAACAGUCCCAUAUCAUAGAUGGUGCUGUUUUCAUUUCCGGAGCUCUGGCUUUUAUUAGUAGUUCAGUGAACCCUGUGCUAUAUGUGUUUGCUUCCAAAAACUUCCAUGGAAAUCUAAGGAAGUCAGGAAUAGUGAGGCUAUUUCAAGAUUUAGCAUCCCAAACUCCCCAAUCAAAAGAUGACUUUUUACAGGAUCCUGGACUGCAGCAUGACGAAAACCUGAAAGAUCCUAAUGCUAGUGAACAUAAGGAGCUCACGGAUUGUUGUUAGACA